AGCCUGGAGCUGCGCUGCGCUGCGCACUGCGUCUGGGGUUGUGCCAAGAGAUCUUCUGUCCGUGAGCUCAGUUUGUAACUUGCUGCAUGUCAGAAGUUGAUAGGCUGAUGGAUGGAGUGUCCGUGCCUACAACAGCCUCGUCUGAAGGCAUUAAAGAGCAGUCACCAGAAAGGAACGCCUUGGCAUCCGAGACCAACUCCGACUCCAGUUAUCUGAGGUCCGUCUGCAGCGAGUCGUCUUUCAUCAUGGCUGAGCCGAAAAUAACCGUGGAAGCGCCGUCCAAGUUCUGGAUAACGACCGUGUUUGUGGUUAUGGUGGUUCUUCAGGUCGCCUCCACUACUGGAUUAUUCGUUUAUCUCAAUAUGUCAGUGGCUCAGGCCCGGAGUCAGGGUUUGUCUGAGGAGCUGCGCUGUCUUGGGCUGCUGAAUGUGCUGGAGAAAGAUCAGGAAGUGCCGGAUGGUUUGCUACAGCUCUUCGGGGAACCAUGCAUCAGACUGGCUGAAGGAAUUAGGACAUAUAUAUCCAAGGUUACAGAAAGCAUCAUCUCGCAGCACGUCUUUCAAGAAAGACCAGCAGCUGAGCCCCGUCUGAAAGUCCACACUGGUGGGAACCAGAGGCCCUCGGCUCACCUCACCCUCCGAGACAAUGGAUUACAAGGCCCGACAUCUUUAACUCCUCAAAAAGAGCUCCACCAGUCCUGCCGUCACCCUGUACGUUCCUGGGGCAACCAGAGCUUCGGCACACACCUGCACAACAUGACCGUGUCGAAUGGACAGCUGCGGAUCCCUCAGACAGGACGCUAUUACCUGUACGCUCAGGUCUACUUCCGGUACCUCACAUUGUCCAACAGGGAUCACCAAUCCAGCUCAGAGAGCCAGCAGGUGGUGCAGUGUGUAUAUAAGAAGACGGCCUAUGCGCAGCCCAUUCAGCUGCUGAAGGGAGUGGGCACCAAGUGCUGGGCCCCGGACAGAGAGAACGCCCUCCAUUCCAUCUACCAGGGAGGCAUGUUCGAGCUGCGAGCAGGAGACGAGAUCUUCGUCUCGGUGUCCUCUCCUACCGCGGUGCAUGCGGAGGAUUCGUCCAGUUACUUCGGAGCCUUCCGCUUUGACCUCUGAGCUGUGCUCACUGGGGGUCUAAGGCGUUCAAUAUGCAGACUGUGAGAAAAAGGAAAAGAGUGGGUGGAGUAAGGAAGGAUCUGUGCAGCUUCCUGUUUACUCAGACCAAAUCAAAUGACUCAACAGCAGACUAAUAGAGUGCAGACGGAGCAUGCAAGUAUUAACACCAGAAGGAUGCUUCAUAUGGGAGUGGAAGGAAAAGACAAAAGAAAUUCUUCAAAAAAGUAAAAAAAAAUAACAAAAAGUUAAACUUCUCAUGGUCAGGAGUUUUUUUUUCCCCUUGGAAGUGUGCAGUUGGACUUUGAAUGGGUGGUCUAGGGUUUGUGGGAACACAGCUGAGGAAUUUCAUGAAUUUACCAGGAUUUAGUCUGGACGAAGAGCAGCACAAUGUAUAGACAUAUACAAACGGACCAGUGCUGACAGCUGGUGUGACACAGAUCCAAAUAGUCCAAGAAAAAUGCAUCACUGAUAAUAAUACUGUUUGUACAAGAACAUUAAAUAUAAUUUUUUUUUAUUUUUAUGUUGAGUCAGCCAUAAUACAAUUUACUAGUCGAGUUUUUUUGUUGUUGUGUUGCUGUAGUUUCACAUGCACUAGAGCUACUAGUCUAAUAACAUCCUAUUAGUGAUGUGACUUCCAACUCUACAGCGAGUCACGCCAUUUGACUCAGCUCACCAGAUCAUACAAAGAAAAUCAGAAGUUCAAAAGAGGUUUCCAGUGACUCAUUGAAGCGGUUAUUUUAACUGAAUGAAUGAAUUAACUUCUAAAUGAAUGAGUAAUGCAUGCCAUUACCGUCAUCGAGGAUAAACUGUCGCAUUUGGGUCACACAUGGAUUCUGUUUAACAUUGUCCAAAAUGUGCGUCUAAACCAUCACACUCACUCACAACAUAAACAGAUGUGUUUAUGUGGUUUCGCACACCAUAUCUAAUCUCCUUCCGAUUCCAUUUUGGCUGAUAAUUUAGUAAUUUAACUAUAUUAUCCGCACAUAUUCUAAAGAAGGUGAAAGUUUUUUAAAGGGAAUCAUGAGACUUGGAUCAUGAGGCACUACGAGCCUGAGAGUAAACGGCAAAGCAUUGCCAAAAAAUGAAAAGUUAAAAAUUGUAAGUUAAAAAGUUGGAAAAUUGUAUGCUUAAAGUUUUCUGGGAAUCUCAAGAGCCAGUAUUGGAACAUUAUCAUAUUGAAAAAGUGAAGACAGUGGUAAAUUUUUUUAAUGAAGAAGUAUAAAAGCUUGUUUAUAGAUGGAAAAAGUGUACGGAAAAGCAAGGAGAUUAUGUAAAAAAAAUUAUGUAUUUGUCUUAAUUCGUUAAGUUAAUUUGAAUAUAUUCUACAGCCAAAGUGCGGAUAAUUUUUGACUCACCCUCAUACAUAGAGUGAUGCAAUUUGUUUUGUUAGGGCUCGACAAACUCGCUCUGGGCAAAAUAAAUGCAUGCUUACUUGCCACCAGAUGUGGAAAAUCCAGCUGUAGGAAAGUAAUCUCUUCCCUAUAACUUUGUGUUCAUGGAAAUAUAAAUAAGGCCAGAUUUUAGGCUAGAGGCAAGAUUUUUGAGGCUAGAUUCAUACAAUUGCAUCCUCAAGUCAUUCUUUCAACAUUGUAUCAGACAUUUUAACAGGGAUAAAAAAUUAAG